UUUUGCCUGAGUGUUUAUUUUGGUUUUGAUUUGAAAGAAGAAAAUAAAUAACAGAAACAAUAUCGUUCAUGAUAAUGACCGAUAGAAAAAGAAGUCCUAACUGGCAAAUGCCAGAGAAGAUGUUACUGGUAGAUCUGAUAACUGACCAUUUUAAGAUAGUGGAAAACAAGCGUACCGACGCAGUAACCAUGAAAGAAAAAAAUGCUGAGUGGAUUAAAAUAUCCAAUGAAUUCAAUUCGCAAACCAGUUUCAGCCACAGAACCGCGGAAAAUUUAAAGGCACAAUGGGAAAGCUUAAAAAAAUUCACCAAAAAAGAAUCUGCUGCUGCAAGGCAGUACAUGAUUCAAACAGGUGGGGGACCUGCAAAGCCUAAAUCUGACGACCCGUUAUUUACCCGGAUCUUGGGUCUUAUUUCAACAGUUGCUGUUGGACUCGAAAAUCCAUAUGAUUGCGAUAAUUUUAUAUUAAAAGAAAAUGAAACAUUGGCUACAGUUAAAAUUCCAGAUGUAUCAGGCAUAUUUGUGCCGAACACCACUGUGACCAAGUCAACGCCUCUUGACUUGGAUAUUGAUGCUGCAAAUUUUACCUGCGAUAAUGAUAAAUCACAAGGUGACUGUGCUGCUGAUUGGGGAGACUACACCCCAAAGAUGCUGCAAUCUCAGAAAUCUGCUCCUCUGCGUGCACAGUCAGUUCAGCCUGUGGUUCAGCCAGCUAAAUCGACGCCUCUUGCCUUGGAUAUGGAUAUUGAUGACUGUGCUUUAAUAUCUGUAGAGGAUGCUGGAAAUACCCCUCUCACUCAAAAGAAAAAUUGGAGCAGCAGACGCAGACCUACUUUACCGGUUUCUUCAACUUUAGAAGAGUUACAUAAAAUUAAAAUAAAAGCUGUACAAAUGCAAAUGAAUUUUGCUGCUGAGGAGAGAGAGGAAGGAAAAAAAAUAUUUGAAGUUGAAAUAAAAAUUAAAAAUGAAAUAUUAAAACGGGAGAAAAUCAAAACACGAAAUCUUUUUGCACAAAUGAAACAUCGAAGAAUAAAUAGAAAACAGCUGACAUGACAUGGCGGCCAUUUUUAUCCAAGGAAUAUCUCCGUAUUCGUUCAAAAUUGGGCGUAUAAAUCUUAUCCUUGGAAUAACGUUUUAUUCUCAGGUUAAGUAGUUGGUGAAAUGUAAAAUUGGCUAUUCCAGGGUUAAUUCCUUGGAAUAAAACUUAUCUGAGUUUGGUGAAAUUAGCCCUUA